AUGGGUCAGCGUUCAAGAGACUAUUUUUUCUACUUUGCAUACGGUAGUAAUUUAUUUAAGAAACGAAUACUUAUUAAUAAUCCCUCUGCAAUAUUUGUCGCAGUUGGCCAACUCAACAAUCACAGAUUUGACUUUGCAAAAUAUAACGCAAAUUGGAAAGGAGCAGUGUGUACAAUAGUCCCAACGGAAAACGAGGUUGUAUGGGGAGCUGUUUGGAAACUGCAUAAUGAUGAUCUUCCGGCGCUGGAUAGGCAAGAGGGAGUAGCAAUAAAGGAAUACUUUUCAAAAAUAGUAAAUAUAAUAGCAAAUAGAACAAACCUUGAAUGUAGAACCUAUCAACACUUUUUCGAGCCUCCACUAGAAAGGAACAUACGCUUCACAUUUGAACAUCUUCCUGAAAAAAGGCGACCGUCUGUUAGUUACUUAAACUGUUUGAUCAAAGGAGCCAUCGAAUGUAAAUUGCCAUCUAACUACAUUAGUAAAUUGAAAAAAAUACCACAUAAUGGCUGCUUUGCUUCUCCUCAAAUAAGGAAAUUUCUAGAUAUAUAA